GUGGAAUGAAUUGAGGGGCCGCUGCAACUAAAGACGGAAGCUAUGUAACAUGCCGAGCAUGCCAACCCCUGUUGUGGCUUGCACUGCCUCAGGAGUGGGACACUUGGCAGACGCCAAGGCGCCGACAUCGAUCUGUCAAGACGAGUGCUCUUCUUCUCUCUUCCAGGCUGCCCUUCUCCAACCUCAUUGGGGACGCAGUCUUCCAGUUCUGAAAGUCAUGAACCAGGGAAGACGGAGUCUAAGCGCUGUUGUUGCACCGCCUCCAAGCUCCCAAAUACAUCAUUCCCUGCUGCCCAAACCUGCGCUUAAUCCCCGCCACACUUUGGGCUGCGCGCGUCAGGACUACGCACGCAUUUCUAUUCACUUCUCACAUCAGUUUGCAACUGUGUGUUGAGGAGUAAUCUACCAAAUUGGGCGACCGCUUGCCUUUGUCUCUGACCGAACCAUACGACCAGUUUCCAUCAUUUGUGACGACACAGCCCAAUGCACCCGUGACCGUGCAUCCCAAACUCGACUGUGGCUGGAUAAGGCAGAACACCGGCAGAAGGCGG